CUGUUCGGCUUUUCAAACCGUACCAGCAGGCGCAUAUCGAUUCUAGCGCGAGAAAGUCAACCGUCAGCUCCGCAGCACGAGAGCGGUCUCUUGGUUACGUCUCCUUCGUUUAAAAUAGUCUGUUAUAAAUAACAGUUAACAUGGAAUCAGCUAUUGUACAUCUCGAGCAAAGCGUUCAGAAGGCCGAUGGGAAGCUGGACAUGAUCGCGUUUCAGAUUGACGCUUUCGAGAAGGAUUUUGGAAAUCCAGAAAGCGAGAUCUCCGUGAGCCGUCUAUUACGUUCUGUUCACCAAGUUACCAAAGAUUAUCAAAACCUUCGACAAGAGAUAUUGGAGGUUCAACAGUUGCAAAAGCAACUUUCAGAUUCGCUUAAAGCGCAAUUGUCUCAGGUGCACGGACACUUUAAUUUACUGCGCAACAAGAUCGUAGAGCAGAACAAAAAUCUGCAGCUAAAAUAAAACUAGAACUAUUAGCUAUCUUUCAAGAUUCAUUUCUUUCUCA